GCGACCACAAAUGGUUGUGUUUGCGAUCGGCCUUAGUAGUAAUUUUACUUAAAAACAAAUUUUAUCAUUAAAAAUUAUAAAAAGCUUGUGCCACUUAACUGAACUCUCAUUUCUGUUGUAACAGACAUGGGUGUCUCGUUAUACAUUUCACUCGUUAUUUUUAUUAUAACAUGUUCGUACGUCCUCUACAAUUUUUGUACAAAUUACACACGGAAAAGAAAGUUGCAAUGGCUCCCUGCCGUGCCCGGAUGGCCUAUGAUUGGAGCUGCUCUUGAAUUUGGCGGCGGUUGUGGAACAAUCUUAGACGAUGCUGACAGACUAAUAAAACAAUAUGGCAAGAUAAUCUACAUGGAUUUGGUAAUGCAGUCAAAUAUUCUAACAACUGAUUACGAUUUUGUCGAGUAUUUGUUAAGCACGCAGGAUGUUCUGACUAAGUCCGUGGAUUACAGGUUUCUACACAAUUGGUUGGGCACUGGAUUGUUAACUAGCGAAGGCGAGAAAUGGAGGGCACGCAGGAAGCUGAUAACACCUGCAUUUCACUUCUCGUUCCUGGAAAAGUUCACUGACGUAUUUGAACAAAAUUUGGACAUACUGAUGUGGGAGCUGAAAAAUGAAGUCAAUGAGGAUUUUACUAAUAUUUACUCUUUCUUAAAUCGCUUUGCACUAGACGCAAUAUGUGAGGCAGCUAUGGGGGUGUCUAUAAAUGCACAGAAAGACAAACAAUUGCGUUACGCGAAAAACGUAAGGGAAAUGUGCAGGAUAUCCAUGGACAGGAUAUUUUCCAUUGCAAAAAAGAGUGAUACUCUGUACGCGUUUUGUCCUGAUUUUUAUAAAGAGAAAAAAGCCGUACAAGAACUCCACGCGAUGACGUAUUCCGUGAUAGACGCCAGAAGAAAGGAGCUCGAACUGAAUGGAACGAAACACUUUGAUGAAAGUGUUGGGGAAAAAGAAAGAAUGACUUUUUUGGAUAUUCUCCUUCGGUCCACCAUCGAUGGAGAACCCCUGUCUAGGGAGGAUAUCAGGGAGGAAGUGGACACAUUUAUGUUCGAGGGACACGAUACUAUUUCUUCAGCUGCGAGUUUUGCAUUAUAUUUACUGGCAAUGCAUCCAGAAGUCCAGAAACGGGCUGUAGAAGAGCAAAAACACAUAUUCCACGACGACAUAAACAGAAAGGCAACCUACAACGAUUUGCUGGAAAUGAAAUAUCUGGAAAACGUCAUCAAGGAAACCCUAAGGUUAUACCCACCAGUACCCCUGUUAGGCAGAGUGACCACUCAAGAUAUCCAAUACAAAGGUAACAUAAUUCCAAAGGAUGUUAACAUUCUGGUAGUCAGCUAUAGUAUUCUUAGGGACCCAGAUAAUUUUGAGAAUCCAGAAAAAUUUGACCCAGACAGGUUCGAAAACAAUGACGGGACUAGGCCGUAUUCUUAUAUCCCCUUCAGUGCUGGACCCCGGAACUGUAUAGGCCAAAAGUUUGCCAUGUUGGAACUGAAAAGCAUUCUGUCCAGAACGUUGAGAAAUUUUGAACUACACCCACCUACAAUUGAACAUAAAAUGGUGUUAAUUGCUGAGGCAGUCCUGAAGUCUUCAAAUGGAGUCAGAGUGAGGCUGGCAAGAAGAGAAUGGUCGGCAAACUGGAGGAAACAAAGACGAAUGUUAAAUCCGUCGUUCCACGUUUCAAACUUGAGUAGAUAUAUAGAAGUUUUUGAAAAAAAUGGGGGUAUUUUGGCGAAAAAACUUGAAAAAGAAGGGGACAAUGACAGUGUGGAUAUAUAUCCACUGAUGAAUCUCUGCACUCUCGACAUUAUUUGCGAGGCGGCUAUGGGGAUUUCUGUAAACGCCCAGACGAACAGCAAGUCGGAAUUCCUCGCUAGCUUGGCGUCCAUCACCGACUUAAUGGUGAUCAGGACACUCGUUCCUCUGCCUGACUGGCUAUACUGUUUCACUCCGAUGUACUUCCGGGAAAAGCGGAUGCUGAAAACGUACCAUUCCUUCACGGAAGGGGUGAUAGAGAGGAGGAUUGAGAGUUUGCAAAAUGAAAGUGGCGAUGAGUUUUUCGAUGAAAAGAAGAGGAUGAAUUUCCUUGACUUGCUGCUGAAGACAGAGGUGGAUGGUAGGCCGCUCAAUAGGACUGAGAUCCGGGAUCAAGUGGAUACUUUCAUGUUUGGGGGUCAAGAUACAACAGCGUCAUCAAUGACUUUCAUCUUAUACUGUUUGGCCCACCAUCCAGAGGUUCAGGAAAAGGCGUACCAAGAACAGAAGCUCCUUUUUGGAGGUAACGUUGCACCUGAAAUCACCAUAAGGGACCUACAAGAUAUGAAAUAUCUAGAAGCUGUGAUCAAAGAAACAAUGAGGAUGUACAGUCCAGCGCCCUUUAUAGCGAGGAAGAUUGAAGAGGAACUAGAAUGGAAUGGGAUGACAUUUCCAAAGGAUACAGACAUAGUGUUGUUCCUGUAUGACAUUCACCAGAAUCCUGAAGUUUUUCCUGAACCUGAGAAAUUUAAACCAGAGAGAUUCGAGGAUGACGCCGGCAAAUAUCAGUACAAUUUCGUACCGUUCAGCGCGGGACCUCGCAAUUGUAUAGGGAAAAUGUUUGGUAUGUUAGAAACAAAAAGCGUCGUCUCGAAAAUCCUCAGGAAUUUCUUAGUCCUUCCAGCCAAACCACACCAAGAAGUAAAACUUUCCCCAAAAGUUGUGUUAGCUCCCAUAAAUGGAUGCUAUGUGUCUUUCAGGAAAAGAUGA